CACCUUUCUCACUUUGUCAUCUUUUUCACAUUAUUAUAUUUUUCUCCAUCUCUGCACUGCUGUAUCGCCAGCUGGAGAUCCUGUACUUGGAAGUUUGAACCUUAUGGUACUUUGUUUAUUCCUUAAACUUCAACUUCCACAGUUUCAGAAAAACAAGAACAUGGCUUCAACAGUUUCAGGUUUGUUAACAAACAUGUUAGACAAACUACUAACAACAGCUUUCCACAACAUUUCAAUGGCAAAGGGUCUCCAACGUGAAGUAACCAAUCUCCAAAACACUCUCACCAUCAUCAAUGCAUUCAUUCUUGAUGCUGAAAACAAACAAACACAAAACAACUCCAUUUCACUCUGGCUUCAACAACUCAAAGAUGCUUUGUUUGAUGCUAGGGACAUUUUUGAUGAGAUUGAAUUUGAAUCUUUAAGGAAACAUGUUGUCAAAAAACAUGGAACCUUCAACACUAAGGUACAACGUUUUCUCUCAUCUUCUACUAACCCUCUUACAUUUCGUGUUCAAAUGGCUCAUAAGAUCAAACAUAUGAAUACUAGAAUAGAUCAGAUUGCUUCUCUUAGGAUGAAAUUGGGUUUAAUAGUAUCAGAGAAUCAUGCCAGUGGAAGUAGUAGUACUAGGGUUACAAGAGAGACUCAUUCUUAUGUUAGACCUUCUCAUGUGAUUGGUAGAGAUGGAGAGAAAGAAAAGAUUAUUAAGUUCUUGAUGGAUCCACUAUUGGUUAGCGAUGAUGAUGAGAUUGAUGUUAUUCCAAUUGUUGGAAUUGGAGGGUUGGGAAAGACAACACUUGCUCAAUUAGUUUAUAAUGAUGAUAGGGUGAUUGAGCUUUUCGAUUUGCGUAUGUGGGUUUUUGUUUCUGAUGUUUUUGAUGUUAAGAGGUUAGUGUUAGACAUUCUUAAAGCUAUGCAUGGAAUGGAAGUAGAUGCUCACAAGUAUAGUUUUGAUCAAUUGCAAAAUAUGCUUCGCGAAAGGUUAUGGGGGAAGAAAUUUUUGCUUGUUCUAGAUGAUGUUUGGAAUGAAGAUUAUAGAGAAUGGCUUGAAUUGAAAAAUCUUUUACUGGGGAUGCAUGAUGGUGAUGAUGAUAAACUUGGGAAUAAGAUUAUCACGACCACUCGUAGUGACAGGGUUGCUUCGAUAAUGGGGAAUGCUUAUAAGCACAGCUUGAAGUAUCUCCCAGAAGAAGAUUGUUUACAGCUUUUUGUUAAGUGUGCAUUUCCAGCAGGAGAGGCGAAACACAACCCAAGGCUUAUGGAGAUUGGGAAGGACAUUGCUAGAAAGUGUAAAGGGUUACCCCUAGCAGUGGUAAGUUUAGGGUGCUUGCUUAGAGCAAGGCCUGGUGAAAGUGAGUGGAAGAAAGUACGAGAUAGUGAAAUUUGGAAAGUGAACCCUCAAGACGAUGAUGGCAUUUUGGCUGCGUUGAAACUAAGCUAUAAUCACUUGUCAUCUGGAUUGAAACAAUGUUUUUCUUAUUGUUCAAUUUUUCCUAAGGGUUAUGAAUAUACUAAUUUGGAGCUGAUUUCGUUUUGGAUGGCACAUGGACUACUGCAAACGAAAAAUGAAGAUGAGGAACCAGAAGAUCUUGGGGAGUUUUAUAUUCAGGAGCUAGUUUCAAGGUCUUUUUUUGAAUGUGCUGCUGAAGAACAAUUGGUUAUUGACGGUCUUAUUUCUGAAGAACUUGAACUUCUAGGCAUCAACUUUUUCAAAAUGCAUGAUCUUGUUCACGACCUUGCUGUGUUCACAAUGCAAAGUGAAAGGGCAGUCGUAAAAUUUAAAUCAACAAAUAUAAAAGAAAAAGUGCAGCAUUUAUCAUUUUCAGACAGUGGUGAAGGAGUUCCUACCUUCGGUAAAAUGCCGAGUAAGAUCCGAACCAUUGGAUUCUGGCAUGCUAGUCAAAAGGAACUUGCAAUCACCGAACCUUUUGUCAAAUGGAUCUCCAACAAGUUCAAGUACAUCAGGGUGUUGAAUAUUCAAGGUUCUAAUUUUCAGUUCUUGCCGGAUUGUUUCGACAAAAUGAAGCAUUUGAGGUCUCUUGAUCUAAGCUAUUGCCAGAGGUUGGAAAAACUCCCAGAUUCCAUUUGCAUGCUUCAUAACCUAGAGGUAUUAAAUCUCUGUAGAUGUGUAUCACUUGCAUAUAUUCCCAAAAAUUUGCUGAAUCUUAUCAGCCUUAGGAUUUUGUGGAUUACCACAAAAAUCACUGAUUUGUCUUUCAUAGGUAUUGGAAACUUGAAAUAUCUACAAAUUUUAAUUUUGUGGAAUUGUGAUAAUUUGGUCUUCCUUCCACGUGAUUUGAGGCACUUGAGUGCUUUAAAGAGACUGACUAUCGAGGCUUGUGAAGAGGUGGUUAGUUUUGAGGAUGAAGGAGAAGAUGAUGAAAACUACUCCUUGAAACUUGAACGGGUUUCAAUUGACAAAUUACCAAAUUUGGUAGCAUUACCUGGUUGGCUUAGAAGAGCUGGUACAACAUUGAGAUACUUGGGCAUUUCAGAGUGUUCGAGUUUAAUGGCAUUGCCAGAAUGGUUGGUAAAUCUAACAUCACUCGAGACGCUUCUCAUUGCCGACUGUCCAAAUUUGACACUACCCCAACAUAUGGAUCGCCUUCAAAACCUUCAGAAUUUAAAGAUAUAUGGAUGUCCUCAGCUAGUUGAGAGAUGUAACCAAAAUACAGGCAGUGACUGGCACAAGAUAGCUCAUAUCCCAAAUGUUGAACUUGGCAGCGUUUAGGAUCACUGACAAUAGUGCAAACACAGUCACCAACACCAUGGAGGCAGUAGAGACUUUGAAGUUUGCAUUGCUAAGUUUCCUUCUACAUCGUUUAUCAUCUAUUACUGGUUGUAUACAAUCCCUUCUGUAGCCUUCCUUGUAGUCGCGCCUUGACCAACUCCAUGUCCAAUGGAAGCAAGCCGGACAACCAACAAACUAACAAUAACAGCAAAAAUCAACGGAGUCAUAAUUUCACCUAUUCCAAAUAAAGUAAAGAAAAUGAUUACUUAAGAUAUAAUCAACUAAUAAAUUAAUUACAUGUCUAUGUUUUCUGUAUGUGUGUACUACUACUCAACUAUUUUUUUAAUUCAUUGAAUUUCAUUUUC